AUGAUUCAACCCCAGACCCUUUUGAAUGUAGCAGAUAACAGCGGGGCUCGAGAAUUGAUGUGUAUUCGAAUCAUAGGAGCUAGCAAUCGUCGAUAUGCUCAUAUCGGUGACGUUAUUGUUGCUGUGAUCAAAGAAGCAGUGCCAAAUAUGCCCCUAGCAAGAUCAGAGGUGGUCAGAGCUGUAAUUGUACGUACUUGUAAAGAACUCAAACGUGAUAACGGUAUGAUAAUACGAUAUGAUGACAAUGCUGCGGUUGUCAUUGACCAAGAAGGAAACCCCAAAGGAACUCGAAUUUUUGGUGCAAUUGCCCGUGAAUUGAGACAGUUAAAUUUUACUAAAAUAGUUUCAUUAGCUCCGGAGGUAUUGUAA